AGGGGAGUGACAGGAGGCGAGGAAGACGACGGCAAAGUUAGUGAAGAAGAGAAGAGAAGAGAAGAGAAGAGAAGAGAAGAGAAGAGAAAAGAAAAGAAGACAAUAGUUCUUCUUCAUCAGCUGACGUGUGCUUUGACAAGGACGUGCACUUCUUCUUCUCCUCUUCUCGGCUUCUCGCUCGCAGGAAACUCGACACAACAAGGAGGAGAAAAGGCCGCUUCGACAAAGGCGAAGAGGAGAAACUAUGACAGGCAGAGAAGAUGAAUAUGAUUACCUCUUCAAAGUGGUCCUGAUUGGAGAUUCUGGCGUAGGCAAAAGCAACCUGUUAUCUCGCUUCACCCGCAAUGAGUUCAACCUGGAGAGCAAGAGCACCAUCGGUGUGGAGUUUGCUACACGAAGCAUCCAAGUGGAGGGCAAGACCAUCAAGGCUCAGAUUUGGGACACGGCUGGACAGGAGCGCUACAGAGCCAUCACUUCUGCCUACUAUCGCGGCGCCGUCGGCGCGCUCCUUGUUUACGACAUCGCCAAGCACCUGACCUACGAGAACGCAGAGCGCUGGCUGAAGGAGCUCCAAGACCACGCCGACAACAACAUCGUUAUCAUGCUAGUGGGAAACAAAAGCGACCUACGUCAUCUCAGGGCGGUGCCCACGGACGAGGCCAAGGCCUUCGCAGAAAAAUAUGGCUUGUCUUUUUUGGAGACGUCGGCGUUGGACUCGUCUAAUGUGGAGCUUGCCUUCCAAACCAUCCUCACAGCCAUCUACAACAUCGUGUCUCAGCGGCAGAUGUCGGGGCGAAGUGACUCGGACUUCUCGCCCGCCUCCAACGUGGUGCCCAUCACGGUGGAGCCCACCCAGAACUCCUCCAAUAAGGGCGUGUGCUGCCAGAAUAAUUGAAGAGGUGGGUAGAGACCAGCACCUCACACGUGGACCACUCUAGUUAGCUCUUUUCAAUGGACUGUAGUUGUUUGGAGGGCAUUUAGCCCUUUUAAAAUGGAGAUGUGCUGCAGCAAAACAUAAUCACAACUUAUUGGCCUUUUUUUCUUUGAAAUGGCCAUCUUUACCACUAAAUGUUCUAUGUCCACAAAGACAUAUUUAUUCAACACUAGAUGACAAUGCUUUGAAAUCCUAACUUCCCUGAGGGGACCUUGAUGAUUUAUGCUAUGCUAACCCUCCAAAUGAAUAGUUCUCUUUCACUGCUGACACUAGCAGCCUUUUUGCCUUCUGCUCACUUUUUCUUCUUGUUUACCAUUAAGUAGCUGAUACAGGUUGUUAGGAAGUAAGGGCUUGAUUUAAAUGUGUGCACACAACCUCUUCAUGUGUGUUGCCUUCUUAAAGUGGGUGGUGUAGGUUCGGGCUUUUUGUGUGAAAAGAAACAAAAGCAUUUAUUCUCAUACUGCAUCUGUAUAAAUAAAUCUCAUUUGUAAUA